AUGAAUCUCAAGCAGGACAGGACUAAAACUGAACAUGGAUUCAAUUCUGGUGGCAAAGGGGAGAGGGGUUUCCAGGAUUCAACACUGAGAGCCAUCUCUUUAAUCAUUUUCUUUCUUGAGUCCGAGAACAAAAGCAUCUCUCUGAGAAAGAUCAGUGCAGUAGAAACUGAAAUGACAGAUGAUCAUCAUUGCUAUUUGGUCUUGUGGAGAGCACUGUUCUGGAGAACUUUAUCGGAUUUCAGCAACUACAGCAGCUUAAAAUCUUUCAAUCAAUUCGUUUUUGAGCUGCUCAGAAUGAAUCAGCCUGUUCAUGGGCUUGAGUGCAUCAGAGCACAGAAGAGAAUCCCCAGGAGAUCCUGUCCAUUCACUAAAAGAGAGUUCUCCUGUAGCAGCCCAUUUAAGAUUGGUGGUCAUCCCUUUCAUGGAAUGACAGGCCCCACUACCUUCUCCUAUAGACCUGUGUUGGUGGCUGAGGAGAAUGUGGACUUCCGGAUACACGUGGAAAACCAGACUCGAGCGAGAGACGAUGUGAGCAGGAAGCAGUUGCGGCUCUACCAGCUAUACAGCAGGACAAGCGGGAAGCACAUCCAGGUCCUGGGCAGGAGGAUCAGUGCCAAAGGGGAGGACGGGGACAAAUAUGCCCAGCUUCUAGUGGAAACAGACACAUUUGGCAGUCAAGUCCGGAUCAAAGGCAAAGAGACAGACUUUUACCUUUGCAUGAACAGGAAAGGCAAGCUCGUGGGGAAGCCUGACGGCACCAGCAAAGAGUGUGUCUUCAUCGAAAAGGUGCUGGAGAACAACUACACGGCCCUGAUGUCAGCCAAGUACUCUGGGUGGUACGUGGGCUUCACUAAAAAAGGCCGGCCUCGUAAGGGCCCCAAGACCCGCGAAAACCAGCAGGACGUGCACUUCAUGAAGAGGUACCCCAAGGGGCAGGUGGAACUGCAGAAACCCUUCAAAUACACCACGGUGACCAAGAGGACUAAACGCAUACGACCCACCAACCCCAGUUAGGAAGGGAGACUCAAACCACAGAGACCGGAAUUAUGUCCCAACGAGAAACCACAAAGAACUGCAUCAGAGGAAUAUUUUUACAUUAAAAAUAAGGAAGAAGCUCUAUUUUUGUACAUUGUGUUUAAAGAAACUGAACCAAACGCUGGGGGAAGCAGUCAGGAUUUAUUGUUGACUUGAAAAAAAAAAAAGACACUUCUCUAAUUUAAACAGACUGGUGUUGCUGACACCCAGGUGCUCUUUUGAAACAGACAACUUUCAGCAGAUUCCCCAGAGGAAAACUUUAAAGCGAAAGCAAAAAAACAAAAAACAAAAAACAAACAAAAAAAGAACAAAAAAAAAAAAACCAAAGAAAACCCAAGUUGUUUUCCAAAGUUCUGAAAAAAACGAAAACAAAAAUCUCUGGUUUGCAGUGAUCUAUUUAUUGUCUGCUGCAAGCCGGCCCCUGACAAGAUGGUGCACACCCCGAGACCCCUGGGUUCCCGGGGAGUUCUCAGCGCACUCACCUCCUCCUUCUACGUUUCUGACGACAGACGGCGUCGCAGCCCGUGACCCUGCAACGCUCUCAGUUCUGGAGAAUGCUGCUAAUUACCUUCAAGUGACUCAACCGAUCUAGUACACCAAUGAUAAGGGAAUAUUUUAAAACCAGCUAUAUUAUAUAUUAUAUAUAUAUAAGCUAUUUAUUUCACCUCUCUGUAUAUUGCAGUUCCAUGAACCAAGUAUUACUGCCUCAACAAUUAAAAAACAAAUUAUUUAAAACUCC